UUUUUUAAGUGAAUUUUAGUUAAAUUUCUAGUUUUAUUUUCAAUUUUUAUAUAAAUAUUUUAUAAUUAUAAAAAUUUAUAAUGCGGGAAAUUGUGCAUAUACAAGUAGGACAAUGCGGAAAUCAGAUCGGAGCUAAGUUUUGGGAAGUGAUAAACGACGAGCACGGAAUAGAUGCGACAGGUGAAUACCGGGGCGACUUGGAUCUGCAAUUAGAAAGAAUAAACGUGUAUUACAACCAAGCAAGCGGGGGUAAAUAUGUUCCGCGAGCAAUAUUAGUCGACUUGGAACCGGGAACAAUGGACUCGGUGCGUUCGGGGCCUUACGGGCAGAUCUUCCGGCCGGACAAUUUCGUCUUCGGGCAGUCCGGAGCGGGCAACAACUGGGCCAAGGGCCACUACACCGAAGGCGGAGAGUUAGUAGACGCAAUUCUCGACGUGAUAAGAAAAGAAUCGGAGGCUUGUGACUGCCUCCAAGGGUUCCAGAUGACCCACUCUUUAGGCGGCGGAACCGGCUCCGGUCUGGGAACGCUUUUGAUUUCAAAGAUCCGGGACAACUUUCCGGACCGGAUGAUGGCGACCUUUUCGGUGGUUCCGUCUCCGAAAGUCUCGGACACUGUCGUAGAGCCGUACAACGCGACCCUGGCCACCCACCAGUUGAUCGAGAACACUGACCAGUCUUACUGCAUCGACAAUGAAGCUCUCUACGACAUUUGCUUCCGGACUUUGAAGCUCGCCUCGCCGAGCUACGCGGAUUUGAACCAUUUAGUGUCUGUGACGAUGUCGGGCGUGACUACUUGUCUCAGAUUUCCCGGGCAGCUUAACGCAGACCUAAGAAAGCUGGCCGUUAAUAUGGUUCCGUUCCCCAGGCUCCACUUCUUCAUGCCCGGCUUCGCGCCUCUGACGGCCCGCGGCAGCCAGCCGUACAAAAAUUACUCCGUUCCGGAGCUCACUAUGCAGAUGUUCGACGCCAAGAACAUUAUGGCCGCCUGCAAUCCGCGGCACGGAAAGUAUCUGACCGUCGCUGCCAUUUUCCGGGGGAAAAUGUCCAUGAAAGAAGUCGAGGAGCAGAUGAAUAAUGUCCAGAAUAAAAACAGCCCGUAUUUUGUUGAAUGGAUUCCCAAUAAUGUUAAAACUGCGGUCUGCGAUAUUCCGCCGAAAGGACUUAAAAUGUCCUCGACUUUUAUUGGGAACUCGACUUCUAUUAUGGAACUGUUCAAGCGGCUCUCGGAACAGUUUAAUGCCAUGUAUAGGAGGAAGGCCUUUGUUUAUUGGUACACCAGCGAGGGAAUGGACGAAAUGGAAUUCACCGAAGCUCAGUCUAAUAUGAAUGAUCUCGUUUCUGAGUAUCAAGAGUAUCAGGAUGCUCCUCUUUAUGAUGAUAAUGAUUUUGACGAAGAUGAAGUCGCUGAAUGAUUGGUUUAUUUUUAAAUAUUUAGAAAAAUUUUUUUUGUAGUAUUUUAAAUAAAUUUUAUUGGGAAU